AACAAAAUGAACAUACAAUAUAUUAACUUUCAAGAAUACGACAAAUUAAUAAAACCAAUUAUGAUAACAACGAAAAUUAUUUCCGUUUGGCCAUUGGAUAAAGAUUCAACUAGGAUAACUCAAAUAUUUCGUAACUUGCACACGUUUGCUAUGUUUGCUAUGAUUAUAACAAUAUCAUUUGCAACAACGAUGGAGGUAAUAAAUACGAUCGAUGAUUUAAAUGAAGCAACCGAGUGUGCACUUUUAUGUACAGCCUUUUAUCUCAGUUUAUUACGUGUCACGAUUUAUUCAUUACAUCGCAAAGAUAUAUCAUACAUCGUUGAAACUAUGAAAAAUGAUUGGACAUUAGCCAAUUAUGAAGAAAUUGUAAUACUCAAGGACAAAUGUUUAUUUACAUUUCGUUUAUCUAAAUUGUUCAUAUUUUCUGUGGCUUUUACCAUCUGUAUAUUUAUUUCUGCUCCUUUCAUAGAGGGAAUUAUCUUUAAUACAAAUGUUAGAAUAUUACCAUUUCGUGGAUAUUAUUUUGUAAAUCAUACGAUUUCACCUAUAUUCGAGAUAAUAUAUACCUUCAACGUAUUAUCAGGCUGUUUUUCAGCCACCACCAUAGCCGGUGCUACGACUUUCAAUCUUGUCAUAAUUAUGCACGGUUCAGCUAAAUUUGCUAUUAUACAAAAUAGAUUGAAACAAAUCAAAGGAAACGAUAGAAAUGCAUACGUAGAACUUUCGGAAUGUGUUAAAAGUCAUCAGGAAGCUAUCACGUUUGCAGAUACAUUGGAAAAUGUUAUAAAUAUCUUAGUAUUGGGACAAUUUAUUAUUAGUACUGGUUUAGUAUGUUUCGCAGGAUUUCAAAUAACUGCGAUGAUUGAAGAUAAAGCUCGAUUAAUAAAAUAUACGUGUUUUUUAAACUCCGCAAUUUUGGAACUUUUUCUAUUCAGUUAUAGUGGAAAUGAAUUGAUCGAUGAGAGUGAGGCUAUUGGAUAUGCUGCAUAUGAAAGUGAAUGGUAUAACAACAACUUGGGCUUAACACUAAAAACGAUUAUCAUGCGAUGCAGAAUACCAUGUAAAAUAACAGCUGCUAAAUUUUAUAAUAUGUCUUUGGAAAGUUUUGCAAAAGUUCUCAGUACAUCAUUUUCAUAUCUCACAGUACUUCAAGCAACUAACGAAGAAUAAAAUAAUCCCAAAUAUUAUUUGUAGUAAACGUAGCUACAUCAAAAUGGAUGAUUAUGCCAACUUCGUAAUUUUUAAACAUUCAGAAUGUUAGAAUAAAUAUUAAAUAUAAGC